AUGGAGGAUGAAUGUAGGCAUUGUAACAGAAUUCAAGAUGAUCGAUUAUCGCCAUUGUCAUUGAAGAUUUUUCCAACAUCGUCUCCGGGGCAUUCGUCGUCUCCGUCUUCUUCGUGUUCGCCGCUUUCUGGUCGCCUUAGUGUAGGUUGUACAAACUACAUUGAACAUCAUGUGUCAAAAUAUGAUACUUUAGCUGGUGUUGCUAUCAAAUAUGGCGUUGAGGUGGCUGACAUUAAGAAGAUAAAUGGUUUAGUGACUGAUCUCCAAAUGUUUGGUCUGAAGACUCUUUGCAUACCUCUACCAGGGAAGUAUCCUCCAUCGUCCAUCAUGGCUAAUGGUUUUGACACAGAAAGGCAGUUUAGAAGGAUGAAAUUGCCUGUUUUCCGGGGUUUAGAGGGAUCUACUAGUGUCCUUCCUACGAUUUUAGUACCAAGCAGCUCUGAGCCGACCUCACCAUCUAGGCGACAGGAAUCAGAUUUUUUAAAUUCAUUCAGAUCAAUAAAGUUAACAUCACCUUCAAAGUGGAAAGAGUCCCCAGCCACGGACAAUCUACAAAAAUAUUAUGGUCUUAAGCCACCAGAUCAGGAGGUUGCACCUAAACUAUGUGAGAUGGCUGUCUAUCCGAGAGGAGGUUCUCCGUACUUGGAGGAUGGUCAAUUUGGCAAUUCAUUAACUUAUAUAAACCUUCCUCUGAGUGUUCAUAGAAAAAGUAAAAGCGCAACUGAUAAUCAUAAACUGGAGAAUGGUGAUUUAGCUAAUGGUGAAUCAGUUGAUGCUUCUAAAAAGUCUGACCUCAAUAACUGGAUCAGCAAUUUAGUAAGUUGGAACAAGAAAUCUGAAGCUGACUAUAACUCUCGUGCCCCGGAGAUGUUACUGAAACGAGAUGCAAGCAAUGGUGGAUUUUCAAAGAUUACAGGUAAAGGUUUAGCACUGAGGCAAAAAGCUGCCAGUCGGACUGCCUCAGAAAUUGAUGGUGAAACAGGACUGCAGAGUUCAAUUUCUAAAUCUGUGGAAGAAUUUUUACGACGAGAUAGUCUUAGUUGUGUAAAGAAGUCUCUGAGUAUGCCAAGUUUCCAGGAUUCAAUUUGUACCUCAUCCAUUUGGCCAGCAGUUAAUUGGAGUUUGAAGCCUGAUCUGCAGGUCUUUUCAACUGUAGCGAUAACAAGACAAAUAUUUGAUAGCUUGCCAAAGCCAAUCACUAGCAGAAGGAACAAAACAGCUGUGGAUUAG